GAACAGUUUCACAUCAAUAUCCACCAAAUCCCAGUCCUCAAUAAAAGAAAGAUCCACAACAAAACUAAGACCUCAAGACAGGGCCUUCCUUUCCUCCCUCUACCGACGAAUGAACUCCAGAUUAACCCCCACAGCAGACUCUGUGGCACUCUCCAACAUCUUCAAAAACUUUUCUGACUCGGAUUUGAAGGACCUGGCCCAAAAGGACGCGAUGGGCAGACGCCUGGACACUGCUGAGGGCGAUUUCCUCAUCCCCGACCGACAACGCACAAACACGGCCAUUCUGGAGACCAAAAUGUCGAUGGGCCACACCUCAAUGCGGGAAAUGCUGCCCAAGAAUGCCUACGAGGAAAGACUCAACCACAUCCUCUUCAAUGGACAGCUCGGGGACAACAAUGUGUUCAGAUAUGGCCAUCCCUCCAAAGACAGAGGUCCCCUCCCUCCACCAACAUAGAUCCCUAUAUCAGAAUGACACAGGCAUUGGACAGCAUUGUGGAUGAGAAGUGUCCGAAGAGUAAGUUGGAGACAAUCGAGAGGGAACCCAGCUGUGUGUUCAAUUGUCCGGGACUGGCGGAUGACUACUGUUGGGUGGCCUAAUCGAUGGUAGAUUUGAACGUGCUGGACUGUUCGAUCAGCACAAAAGUGGCGGUGGGGUUGCAGGACUAUGUGUAUAUAUGGGACAACUCCACCCGAAGGACGACUCGUCUGUCCACGUCCUCCCAGAAUGACAAGACGCUGUGUUCUGUCCGGUGGAGUGUGAGUGGGAGUAGUCUGGCAGUCGGACUGUCGACGGGGAGUGUGGAGAUAUGGGACAUUGCCACAUCCCGAGUGGUCCGCUCGAUGUGCAUGCGGAUGGGCAGGAUUGCUUCCCUGGCCUGGAAUGGCAUUGGCCUCACCAGUGGGUCCCGUUCUGGCAUGAUGUUCAACCACGACCUGAGAGUACGGGACCACAAAGUCCACACCUAUUCAAGACAUUCCCUCGAGGUGUGUGGACUCAAGUGGGCGGGUGAUGGCAGGAGGCUCGUCUCCGGGGGGAACGACGACAUUGCCUGUGUGUGGGAUGCCCGCAAUCUCAAUGUCCCCGCCAACGUCUUUGUCCACCAAGCCGCGGUCAAGGCUGUCGAUUGGAGUCCUCAAAACACUUCUUUGCUGGCCACGGGAGCAGGGUCAGACGAUAAGAAGAUUCGUUUGUUCAAUGUGUCCCUGGGAAGUGAGAUUGCUCAGCACGACACAGGGGAACAGGUGGGAUAG